CGCUCAGAUCUUAACAGAAAGACGCACACGCACUUACAGAGCAGGAGUGGAGCAACAGACUGCGGAUCUGAGUGCCCUUUAACAGAGGCUGCUGUGCCUGUAAUUAAGGGGAUCAAAGCUCCCCUGGGAAUCGGCACAAACUCUACCCGUUUUAGAGGCACCUCAUCUUGGAUUGCAAUCUGGCUAUGUAUCGAUGGCAAUGCUUCUGAAUGUGGAUACUAUACACAGAAGAACAUAAAGGACAUCCGAUUUAGAAAGGGUAAAAAGAUCUGUAUACGGAACAAAAUGUACAGAUUAUUUAAGGAGCUGCAGGCACUUAUAUGUAAAUAAGGUAUUUUGACAGCAAGAAUGGAAGGAAUUUAUUAGACUUCUGCUGUUUAAGAAGGAAUAUUACAAUGCUCUGCAAAAUAUUUAAGUGAUGGUCUUUCAGUGGAAUAAGGGUGGAAUUGACUAGUUUGAGGAGACUUUCAACGCAAACGGAAAUAAAAUCUAAUUAUUUGUUGGGAUAUAUAUUUAGCCAAUCCAAAAUAUCACUUAAGUGCUAAAUGACGAAAAAGAGAACGAAGCUGCAGCACAUUUAAAUGACAAGUCGUUCUGUUUGCUUAAUGCUCGGAUAUGAACAAGAUUUUUAAAAUAAACGCUAUUACCUUUUUAUUUUUUGAGUGCCCAUCGUGCUUCAUGAAAUCCACCCGUUAAAUGCGGGUCUUAGCGCACUAAUUGAUUAAUACUGUAGAAGGGCUCACACUUCUAACUAAAGACGUUUUUGUGCUUCCUUUAGCGGAGAUCUUGGAUUCUGGCAUUUUUUUCUGGGAAACACGGAUCUAUUGAGGAGCGCUUCAUUCCAAACAACGGUCUCACGCCAGCCCCUGUCAUCCAGUCUAGACAAUUUGUCGUGGCUUUGAGUCCCGAGGUAACCAUGGCGACGAUCAGAAGCUCAAUGUGAAUUUUGGAGAAAAGGAGCAAAAACGAGUGAAAGAGUGGGCGAGGGAGAGUGUUCUUCAUUCAGUUGUGGUGAAAGUCUAAUUGGCCUGAGAGUUUCUCGCUCUCUCUCUCUCUCCUCUCGCGCGCUCGCUCGCUCAGUCUCUCUCUACACCAGGAGACCGAGACACCGAGUAAAAAAGCUGGAGCCCACGGCUAAGCCAGUGCUGUUCAAAAGCAUUCUGGUCCAUGUCAUUCAACUCCGCACUGAACUAUUAAAAGUAUCGUCUUGCCCGACUUGGACCUUGCCUAUUUCUGAAAGCAUCAGGCUAACACACUUUACAUGUUAGCAGCAGGAAACCCCAACCCCAACACGCAGAAAUAAAGGCGUUCGUUUCAAUAUGCGUGAUCACCUCUCUCCACGCAGCAUGGGGAUUUCUCUGCUGGUCCUUCUUAUUUGCAGCUUGAUGUCGGUUCGCUUAGGGGUUUGCCAACCUUAUCUACGGCUUCGACCUUCCCCUAGCGACAACCUGCCGGUGGUGGAUAUCAUCGAGCACCCGGACCCGGAAUACGACCCCCGGGAGCAGGACUUAAAUGAAAAGUUACUGAGGAAAAAGCUGGGCAGUAAUUUUGACCCAAACUUCAUGUCAGUAAGUGCCCCUCUUCAUGCCAAUCACUCAGUACAAGAGCCACUUCACAAAUUCAGGCUUCCUGGUCCCAUGCCCAGCGAAAUCAAGAAGAUGGACCUGUCCGAAACGCCAUAUGGUUUACGAAUGAAAAUUGGUAAGAAGGCGAGAAGGAAAUUUCUGCAGUGGCUUUGGACCUACACACACUGCCCCGUAGUGUAUGCUUGGAAAGACCUGGGCGUCCGCUUUUGGCCACGAUACAUCAAGGAAGGAAGCUGCUUCAGUGAGCGCUCCUGCUCCUUCCCUGAAGGGAUGUUCUGUAAACCUGUCAAGUCUGUUACGAAGACUUUCCUCAGAUGGUACUGUCAAGGAUUUUUAAGACAGAAAUACUGCACGUGGAUACCUGUACAGUACCCCAUCAUUUCGGAGUGCAAGUGUUCUUGUUGAGCUUGGGGUUAAAGCAAUAGAAAAAAGACACACAAAUACACAAGGACAACAACAAGAAACAAACUGGAAUUAUAGUAACAAUUGCACUGUAAACCUUUAUUUUAAUGUUAAUUUUAUUUUAUUUUAUUUUACAAACCAGAGAUGAGCUAUGGUGUUAUCUGGAAAAAUCUGGGAAAGGGAGUCACGAUAGCGAAAUCUAUUUUUAUAUAUAGCAUUCUAAUAAUAAAGUACCAACUUUGUAUAUAUUUAAAUUUUAAAGAAAAUGCAGCUAUUUUUUUUAAUACAGGACCAUAUUUCAGCCUAUCCAGAAUGUGUUUUUGGAGGGGGUACCUAAGCACUUCCAAAUGUAGGCGAUUUUAUGAAUUCUAUGCCGUGUGAAGUGAGUGGAUGUAAAAAGGAAAAAAAAAAAAA